GAAAAAGUUUCUGUGAAGUUCAUAAUGAAAUCGUUUUCAACGAAAAAUUGAAUCAGAUAAAUUUCAGGAAUAGUUUUCUGCACAUACGUUUCGGCUGAACACUUUAGUGGGAGAAUUGAUCUAAAAAACGUCCGAAAACGGAAUCGGAAAACGGAUGAAACAUCAGGUUUUUAUACGAAAUUGUUUCCAUUUUCGGAUACGUUUCCGGAUUUUUUGCUGGUAAAUUACCCAGGUAAAUUACAAAUUAGCUUUAGCUGUAAUUAAAUUUAAACGGUUGAGCUCAGUAGGCAAUUGAAAAGCAGGGCCCUCUCUUGACGAACAAAUAUCACGCUCUGAAAGCCUCACAUCAUGCCCAUCCUUUCAUAGAGCGCACCAACAUAAACGAUGUCAAACAAAGAUCGGAAGGCAUUGAGGGAUUUCGAGAGAGGAAAGAUGUAUGGACAUAGACAUAGUUAAGCUUAUAAAAAUACAACCGACAAAUGGUUGUAAUUUUAAAAGAGAAGAAUAAGAUUGAAAAAGAAAAUAGUACAUAAUAACAGCAAUAUCAAUGAUAUCAUAUAUUGGUAAAGAUACAAUGAACAACGCCAAACAAUAUUUUAGAAGAAAUAAUUAUUUUUGCAAGAUACGGGAGAAGCAAAAGCAAAGACGAACUAAGAAAGGUGUAUUAUAUUUAAUUGGGAUUGGUAGUUGGUUCUAUAUUUUUACUAUACCAACAAAGAACAAUCUGCUAAAAUAACAAUACUUGUGGUUAUUAAAUGUAAACAUUUUAAUAUCAAAAAUGAAAAAAAUUUUGAAUUAUAGCUCAUUACUUUCAAUAAAGGGUAAGCGAAAAGUAACAAAUAAUUUAUUAUCGACUUUAUGAUUUAUUGCGGCGGUUUAAUUACACAUAUGUAUGCAUUUCCUAAUCUAAAGAAUAUACGACGUUCGGUAUAUUGUUUUUUGUAUAAAAAGGAGCCACGACAAUAAUGAAUCCAAUCAGUUCUUUAAGUCUUACCAAACAUAGAAAAUGAAGGGGCUCAUCAUAACAGCUUCUGUUUUGUUUCUUGUAGCUAUAGCAAGUGCAGCUGAUGUUCCAUUGCCGAUCAUUAAUUAUGAGGGAACCGUUAACAAUAUAAUAAAGGAAGCACAAGACGAAGCGCUCAGAACUGCAGAGGCUUUACAAGUUCAAUAUAAGGUAAUCGUAGUGGAGCCUCUUCAGCAAGUCGAUACCGCUGUGAUCAAGAUUGAGGAUCGUCGUCAGGAAAACGACAACUGUGUAGCAGCCAAAGAUCAAGAAGUAGAGUUGGUUGUGGAUACCUUUCAUGAGGAACUAAAUGUGUGUGGAAUUAUUGCUGCUAAAACUUCAGUAGAGAUAAUGAAUGACGUUAACUCAGCCACACAACAAUUGGUGUUUGAUGGCUAUGACGUCCUAAAGCUUUACCAGAAGUGCCAAAAUUACAAAAAUAUCGUAUUGAAGAAUUCUUGUUACGCCAAAUUAUCAAUCAAAGCCACGCUAUAUUUAAAAAAUGCUCGUCGAUCCAUAAAAACUAUCAAAGGAGCUAAUAAGCGCGUCUCAGCCGUAUUUACGCAAUCAGAUGCAUGUACAAAUAAUGCGGCAGAAAAAGCCGUUACCGAUUUAGAUUUAAUUAGUGUUGAUGUGGAAACCUGCAUCACCAAAACACAAUUUAUUUAAAAAGUAUUCACUGUGCACCAGCAGAAAACCAAGACAAUUAAAAAAAAAAUAAAGAAAAAAUAUAUAUUUAUGAAUACUAAGAAGCAUUUAA